ACUAGAUACAUGUUACAAAUAUUCAUAUUCUAUAUAUAGGGAGGGAUUAAGGGAGAUAUCAGGUAAAUAAAUCAAGAGUAUUUAAGAUUCUUUUUUCAUAUAUGAUACUAAAGUUUCACUUCAGGCUAAUAUUAGCUACGUUAAUCUUCAAAAAACGCGCAUGUUCUUAAAUACACACUGAUAUUAGACACUGCGGUAAACAGAGUAGCCUACUUACCUUGUAAACAAUACCUGAAAAUGCUGUUGGUAAUUUAGCACAACUACAAAAAUCAUAAGGAAGUAUCGUAUUUAAUUAAGAUUGCUGAAAAGGCACGCACUUUGAAUGUUAUUCAGUUAGGCGAUCGUGUGUGCGAACUGCAUGUGGUUUAAUUUACACGCCUACAGGAACUUUUAAGAAAUCAUUUUUCAUCACCAGUACUGUGUCCCUGAAAAGCAAUCCGGCUAAUUAAUCAGAUGGUCUGCUAGUGGUUUUAGUUGUUGUGUUGAUUAUUUACGCUGUCUCGAGAACAGUCUGCUUUCACUUGCUUGGUUUCUUAGAGGCGUUUUUCGGCUGUCUGUUUUAAGUCCAGUGACUGGUGAUUAACCGACGCUUUCGUUAGGCUAAACCUUGGCAUUCGAAGUCCAUUCUUCUGGAGUGGUGAAAGCGGCCAAGCGGUUUAACUUGACUAGUCCAUAGGUGGAGUCUCCUAUAUAUACGAGUAAUGUAGGCUUGGGCAACCAAACCGUGAGCAUUUAUAUCCUAAAAUAAACUAUAUAUUUAUGCAGUACACCCACACACACCCUGUCUAUAUUAAGUAAUAUUUGAGGCAACAUUUACAUUAUAGAAAAUGCAAAUUGGUUGCCUAAGUAGUAGGUUACUCGCCUAUCCGUUUGUCACAUUAAUAUUCUCUGAUAGCAUGACACACGCAGUUUUGCACGUGCACAGACGUUAGGCAAACGGACAGACAUGGAGAGUGACAAGCUCAAAAUCGUCUACACACAUUUGGGUUGAUGCACGGAAACACACGCCAACAAAAGCCUCCAUCUCGACAAACCCUGUCAUUCCAGUUUCAUUUUGAAAAAAAAAAAAAAACAAAGACUUGGAAAAAAUAUUGGACUUAAAGGAAUAUGAUAUCAAGUAUGAUAACGUACUGAGGAAGACUCUUUGGAUGUACCAACUAGGGGUCACCGGGAUGACACCCCUUCACACCUUAAUUCUCAUCCAGUAGGAACGGAAAAUAUUGAAGUCUGAGGAUACAUUUAGUCUGGAAUUGAACUGCAUCUCCAUCUGUCAUCUCUAGAGCACGCUCGCUCUCGCAGAAAGAGCAUAGCCAACGUGAAGCAGCCGAGUAUGGAGACCCCUCCCUCUGCCCCUACUCAACCCUUCCGACAGCCUAGCUUUCUCAGUAGACGGUUGAAGGGUUCCAUCAAACGGGCAAAGUCUCAGCCAAAACUGGAACGAACCAGCAGCUUCCGCCACAUGAUUCUGCCACGCUUCCGAAGCGCUGACCAGGACAGGACUCGUCUGAUGCAGAGCUUCAAGGAGUCGCACUCCCAUGAGUCCCUGCUGUCCCCCAGCAGCGCGGCCGAGGCCCUGGACCUCACGCUGGACGAGGACGCCAUCAUCAAACCCGUGCACUCCAGCAUCCUGGGCCAGGAGUACUGCUUCGAGGUGACGACGGCCUCGGGGACGAAGUGCUUCGCCUGCCGCUCGGCCGCGGAGAGGGACAAAUGGAUCGAGAACCUGCAGAGAGCCAUCAAACCCAACAAGGACAACAGCCGGCGGGUGGACAACGUGCUGAAGCUGUGGAUCAUCGAGGCGCGGGAGCUGCCGGCCAAGAAGCGCUACUACUGCGAGCUGUGCCUGGACGACAUGCUGUACGCCCGCACCACCAGCAAGCCCCGCACCGACACCGUCUUCUGGGGCGAGCACUUCGAGUUCAACAACCUUCCCGCCGUCCGCAGCCUGCGCCUGCACCUCUACAAGGAGACCGACAAGAAGAGGCGCAAGGAGAAGAGCACCUACCUGGGCCUGGUCAGCAUCCCCAUCUCCAGCAUCACGGGCCGGCAGUUUGUGGAGCAGUGGUACCCGGUCAUCCAGCCCAGCGUCCUGGCAAAGGGAGGGGGUGUCGGGGGAGGCAAGGUGAUCAACGCCUCCCUGCGCCUCAAGUCCCGCUACCAGACCAUGAGCAUCCUGCCCAUGGAGCUGUACAAGGAGUUCGCCGAGUACGUCACCAACAACUACCGCACGCUGUGCGCCGUGCUGGAGCCGCUGCUCAGCGUCAAGAGCAAGGAGGAGGUGGCCUGCGCGCUGGUGCACAUACUGCAGAGCACGGGCAAGGCCAAGGACUUCCUCUCAGACAUGGCCAUGUGUGAGGUGGACAGGUUCAUCGACCGAGAACACCUCAUCUUCCGAGAGAACACUCUGGCCACCAAAGCCAUAGAAGAGUACCUCAAGCUGAUCGGACACAAGUACCUCAAGGAUGCCAUAGGGGAGUUUAUCAGAGCUCUGUACGAGUCAGAGGAGAACUGCGAGGUGGACCCCAUGAGGACCCCGCCCUCUGUCCUCCCGGACCACCAGGCCAAUCUGCGCAUGUGCUGCGAGCUGGCACUCUGCAAGAUCGUCAACUCCCAUUGCGUGUUUCCGCGGGAGCUGAAGGAGGUGUUUGCCUCCUGGAGGGUGCGCUGUGCGGAGAGGGGGAGGGAGGACAUCGCGGACCGGCUGAUCAGCGCCUCCCUGUUCCUGCGCUUCCUGUGUCCCGCCAUCAUGUCCCCCUCCCUCUUCAACCUGACCCAGGAGUACCCCGACGAGCAGACCUCCCGCACCCUCACCCUCAUCGCCAAGGUGGUGCAGAACCUGGCCAACCUGUCCAAGUUUAGCAGUAAGGAGGAGCACAUGUGCUUCAUGAACGAGUUCCUGGAGAUGGAGUGGGGCUCCAUGCAGCAGUUCCUGUACGAGAUCUCCAACCUGGACAGCGUGAGCAACGCGGGGGGGUUCGAGGGCUACAUCGAUCUGGGCCGCGAGCUGUCCAUCCUGCACAGCCUGCUCUGGGAGGUCAUGGCCCAGCUCAGCAAGGAUGCCAUUAUUAAGCUGGGGCCGUUGCCACGGCUCCUGAAUGACAUCAGCAUGGCCCUGCGGAACCCACACCUGCAGAGACAGCCCAGCCACCAGACGGACAGACCCCCGCCGGACAGACAGGCGGACCGGCUGCUGUCCCGGCCCAGCUUCAACCGGGUCGCCUCGUCCGACUUCCAGAGCCUCAUGAUGCGAGACCUCAACAGCUCCAUAGACAUCUCCCGCCUGCCGUCCCCCACCUCGGGGCUCUCAGGCGGGGGGGUUCUGUCGCAUGGCGGCAUGGGGGGCUUCUCGGACCGGGACCUCUCCCACCGCCCUUCGAAAGACGUGUUCUACGUGACCCGCCCCCCCUUGGCCCGGUCGAGCCCGGCAUACUGCACCAGCAGCUCCGACAUCACCGAGCCGGACCCCAAGGUGCUCAGCGUCAACAAGAGCGUGUCCAUGAUGGACCUGCAGGACUCCCGAAUGAACAGCAUCUCCAACCUGCAGUCUGUGGGGGACAUGCUGAACUCCUCCCAGGCCUCCAUCGCGGGGCUGGGCAGUUUCGGGGGGCUGGGGGGUCUGGGGGGACCCCUGCGGGCCGGGGGCCGGCUGUCGGCUGGCUCUGGGGGGUCCAGCAUGUCGGGGGGGCUGCGUCUGAGCCAGAUGAGCCAGAUGGGGGCGACGACGGACUCGCUGUCCCAGCAGCAGCAGCAGCAAGCGGCCGCCAUGCACUACCCCCUCUCCUUCCAGAACCCCCUCUUCCACCUGGCCGCCGACGGGCCGCAGCUGCACCACCAGCCCGGCCGCGCCCAGCCGCCCCCGCCCCUGCUGCUGGCGCCCGAGCCCGACUCCGCCCACUCCACCUACAUCCCGCCCUUCGGCCACGGCGGCUUCUCUCGCAGCGAGGACCUGUCUGCCCUGCGGGCCGGGGGCCUGGUCCAGCCCAGCAUCAUCCACUCCCACAGCUACAGCGACGACUACACCCGGCAGAACCAGGCCGACUACGGCCGGCGCCAGCUCUCCCUGCAAGUGCAGGAGAAUCUCCAGCAGCAGCAGCAGCAACAGCAGCAGAUGCUGAUGAUGGGCAUGGCCCCGCAGACUGGCACCUCCCCUUCCUCCCUGGCCACGCCCCCCACCACCAUCCACCCACCCCGCCAGGGCUCCAUUGCUCCGCCUCCUCCUCAGCGUGCCAAAUCCCAGACCGCCCACCAGCUGUCUGUCAGUUCCGCCGCUGGCUCCACCCCUCCGACCAAGCCCCGCCCCCAAAGCGGAAACCUACUCCAGUCGCCUGAGUCCAGCUUCGGGGGCCGGCAGCCGGCUCCACGGCAACAGCUGUCCGUCAAAGACAGCCCCGCCCCCGGUUUGCCGCACCAGCAGAGCACGGCCAGGGAGAGUCAGCCGGCCCAGGGGCCACAAGGGGGCGCCGCACCGACCACAAACCAGACACCGCCACAACAGCAGCAGCAGCAGAACCAACAGCAACCCCAGCAGCAGCCCCAGCAACAGCAGCAACCCCAGCAGCAGCAGCAACCUCCACAACAGCAUCUGCUGAAGCCCACCGCUGCCAAGCAGGGCUCACAGUCCCCCUCCACCCUGAACCCGCCCACUCCGGCCAACGAGCGAACCGUGGCCUGGGUCUCCAACAUGCCCCACCUCUCGGCCGACAUCGAAACCUCCCGCAUCGACCGCGAGGACUUCAAGCUGAAGGAGUACUCGAAAAGCAUGGACGAGUCUCGCCUGGACAGGGUGCGGGAGUACGAGGAGGAGAUCCACUCCCUGAAGGAGCGGCUGAUGAUGUCGCACCGCAAGCUGGAGGAGUACGAGAGGCGGCUGCUGUCCCAGGAGCAGCAGACCAGCAAGAUCCUGCUGCAGUAUCAGAGCCGCCUGGAGGACAGCGAAAGGAGGCUGAGGCAGCAGCAGAUGGAGAAAGACAGCCAAAUUAAAGGAAUAAUCAACAGGCUAAUGGCGGUGGAAGACGAGUUGAGAGGAGGUGGCAUGCCUGAAAUCAAACCCAGAAUGUUCGCAGAUCAGGAAGAGCAGUUUUCCUCCCUGGGUUCAGCAGACCCCGGUCUGAUGUCUGGAGGUGGAGGAGGGGGAGGAGGAGCAGUGACCAUCACAGCCGGGUCUGGAGUCUCGUCCUCGGGCGUCUCUUCCGCCAGCUCUCCCUGGAACGGAGCUCUCCCUCCCCUCCCCCCUCCUCGCCCGCACCUCAGCCAGAACGGAGAGCUCCGGGGCAACCAAGCAUCCUCCCCUGCGACCGCCGUCACGGCAACCGGGACCACGGCAACAGCAACAUCAGGACCGCGCAUAGCAGGAGGGGGAGCGGGUCAAUAACAGCACCCGGAAUGAAUCAGAGAGAGGACAAAAGAAACUUUGACAAGCUUCCCCCACACGCCGAAAUGGCGUCUUUGGUCUUUUUUCCCACGGGUGGAAAAAUCUGCAUUCUUUCCCCACUUUUUGUGCCAAAGACAGAGAGAGGGGAGUUCUAGGGGUGGAGACACACUCCACACACAGCACACACACAUAUCUCAAAAGGGCUUUUCAAACGACCUGUUCUCAACAUCUUUUUAUUUUGUGGUUAGACAGAGGCUCUGGUCAGCGUCUGUGCUAAAGGACAGGACAAUGGACCCUUCUUUAGAUCCUGCCCUCAUGUGGACAUCCUGGGAUUCUAUAAUAAGCUGUCCGAGAUGGGCAAAGUGUGCCUCCCUUAGAUGGUGAAAUGUCUCCUCUCGUCUCUUGUGUGUCAGGCAGGAAGUGGCGUGAGGAAGGUGAUCAGAAAGGUGUGUGUUAUUCUCAUAAUCCCCCUGGGUAAAGAAGGGAAAACCAUUUCCUGUCCUGCUCAGGCUCAGCUCCGAAAUUUCAGUGGUCGACACGUGUUCACAUGGUUUGGCUUUCUCAGUGCCUUUGAGUACCAUUCAACAGGGUUUUCACUGAAUGGGCGGUAACAGUGUGGUGUUUUGAUAUGACGCAUAGCAAGUGACAGUUGUUUCACAGCUCAGUGAAGAA